UGGGCCUAUUUUCCGUACGGAGGCGGCACCGCUGACCUCCUAGCCUCAGCGGGGUGUCUGGCGGGGUCGCCGGGGGCGAGGAGCAGAGCACGGGCGGAGCCGCCCCGGAGCCCCACCCCGUCCAGCCCGCUGCCUCGCCCUGCCCCGCCCCAACCGGGAUCGGGGUGUGGUCCCGAGUUUCUACCGUGGCUUCCAGCUUUGCGUCCAGCUCCUAGGAACCUUCCAACGCCCGCAGCCCGUUUCCUGGGAACGGUGCAGGCCGCGCGCCUCGCUUUCCCUCAGCCGGCCUGGCCCGCGAGAACGUUCUGACGCCCCCGGGGAACGCCUUCCACCGCGCGACACUGUCCGGGGAACGCUCUCAUCAUCCCUCGUUGCCAACUGCAGAGCAGCGGCGGGGAGCAUGCAGGACUACGACGAGGUGACUGCCUUCCUGGGCGAGUGGGGGCUCUUCCAGCGCCUCAUCUUCUUCCUGCUCAGCGCCAGCAUCAUCCCCAACGGCUUCAACGGUAUGUCAGUCGUGUUCCUGGCGGGGACCCCGGAGCACCACUGUCGGGUGCCGGACACAGCGAACCUGAGCAGCGUGUGGCGCAACCACAGCCUCCCGCUGCAGCUGCAGGACGGCCGCGAGGUGCCUCACAGCUGCCGCCGCUACCGGCUCGCGACGAUCGUCAACUUCUCGGCGCUCGGGCUGGAGCCGGGGCGCGACGUGGACCUGGAGCAGCUGGAGCAAGAGGGCUGCCUGGAUGGCUGGGAGUUCAACCAGGACAUCUACCUGUCCACCAUCGUGACCGAGUGGAGUCUGGUGUGUGAGGAUGAUUGGAAGACGCCCCUUACUACCUCCCUGUUCUUCGUAGGCGUGCUCCUCGGCUCCUUUGUGUCUGGGCAGCUGUCAGACAGGUUUGGCAGAAAGACCAUCCUCUUCGCAACCAUGGCUGUGCAGACUGGCUUCAGCUUCCUGCAGAUUUUUUCCAUCAACUGGGAGAUGUUCACCAUGUUAUUUGUCAUCGUCGGCAUGGGCCAGAUCUCCAACUAUGUGGUGGCCUUCAUACUAGGAACAGAAAUUCUUGGCAAGUCAGUUCGUAUUAUAUUCUCUACGUUAGGCGUGUGCACAUUUUUUGCAGUUGGCUACAUGCUGCUGCCGCUGUUUGCUUACUUCAUCAGAGACUGGCGGAUGCUUCUGCUGGCGCUGACGGUGCCGGGGGUGCUGUGCUUCCCGCUGUGGUGGUUUAUUCCUGAAUCUCCCCGGUGGCUGAUAUCCCAGAGAAGAUUUAGAGAAGCUGAAGAUAUCAUCCAAAAAGCUGCAAAAAUGAACAAUGUAGCUGCCCCAGUGGUGGUUUUUAAUCCUGUGGAGGAGGUAACCCCCGUGAAGCAGGAGAAAGUUUUCAUUCUGGACCUGUUCAGGACUCGGAAUAUUGGCACAAUAACAAUUAUGUCCUUGCUGCUAUGGAUGGUCACCUCAGUAGGUUACUUUGCUCUGUCUCUCAACACUCCUAAUUUACAUGGAGAUGCCUACCUGAACUGUUUCUUCUCUGCCUUGAUUGAAGUUCCAGCUUACAUUACAGCCUGGCUGCUACUUCGAACCCUACCCAGGCGUUAUGUCAUAUCUGGAGUACUGUUCUUGGGAGGAGGUGUGCUUCUCUUAAUUCAGCUGGUGCCUGCAGAUUACAACUUCUUGUCCAUUGGUCUGGCCAUGUUAGGAAAAUUCGGGAUCACCUCUGCCUUCUCCAUGCUGUACGUCUUCACUGCAGAGCUCUACCCAACCCUGGUCAGGAACAUGGCUGUGGGGGUCACAUCCAUGGCCUCCAGAGUGGGCAGCAUCAUUGCUCCCUACUUUGUUUACCUUGGUGCUUACAACAGAGUUCUGCCCUACAUCCUCAUGGGCAGCCUGACUGUCCUGAUUGGAAUCAUCACUCUUCUCUUCCCUGAAAGUUUUGGAAUGACUCUACCAGAGACCUUAGAGCAGAUGCAGAAAAUGAAAUGGUUCAGAUAUGGAAAAAAAACAAAAGAUUCAAUGGAGAAAGAAGAAAAUCCCAAAGUUCUAAUAACUUCAUUCUGAUAAAAUUCCCACCCUAUUUGGUGAACUGAAAAACAGAUCCUAAGACUAUGAAGACACUAAAGCCUUUCCUGAUGAAAUGGACUGCCUAUGAAGAUUAACACUAAAAAUGGACCUUGCUAUUAAGAAAUGCUUGUCAUAUGGCAAACUCUGGACCACGCUUACAGAUAAGCUCCUUAUUUUAAAAAACAAACCAUGUCCAGAAAGUCUUCCAUACUAAUUAAUUCGAUGAAAUGGGUUUGUAGGAUUUUUACAAAACGUGUUGGUCAAGGACUGGUAAAUCCAUAUAAAGAUUAACAUGCAUUUGCAAAUACAAAUACUAUCCAAAUUUUUAAAGAAGUCACUGAAUUAACACAACUAUCAGGCUUGGGUGUGUGUGUGUGAGUGAGUAAACCAGCAAGUUCAAAAUUACAGUAGUUUUUGAAGUGAACUUAUACACUGCUGUAGCCAAAUGAUUAUAAGGAGUAUUCCUAUCCAGGAAAUUUUAUAUACUACUUUGAGAGGAAUUGAUGACAGAUAUUAAUAGCAUUUUACAAGUGAAAUGCAGCAAGAGAUCAAGUAGCCUGGCUCAGAUGGCCUGUCAGCCUUUAAGAAGGGAACCAAGGCAGUUCCUAGCUACAAUUUCAGCAGCUAUGGCUCACAGCCUAUUGAAUGGUCCACAUUUGUGCUCUCUGUGAACACUUGACUAAGCUUUCUGUUCACUAAGACUGGCUUAAGAGACCUUUUUUUGGUAAAUAGAGAAUCAGGAAAACUGCAAACUAGUUAGAUUGGUAGAGGUGGUUUGUGUGCCCCAUAGCCAAGAGGGGUCAGCACCCAGGAAGAAGGCUGUCCAAGCCAAGAAUCUGGAGAGCCUUUUAAAACAGUUCUUUCCCUUAAUACAUCCCUUCCUAAAUCUCGUAUGCAGUUGUAUCCUCUUCAACCAGGGGUGCAUCUGGUUCCAGGAAUGAGCAAGGUAAAAGGUAAAAGCCACUAAUGGGAUAAUGUAUUAGCAUUUGUAUUUUAGGAACUUAAAAAAUAAUUCUAAAGGACAUCUGAAAGAACAAAUAGGCAAGAUUGUCUAAGAAAGUUUUGGAAAAGAAGAGUUGUAAGUUGUAAAUCCCUCAGAUUUAGAAAUACAAAGAUAAACAGGAAGGCCAGAAACAGACCCAAAUGUUUAUAAAAUUGUAACAUAUGAUAAAGUGUAGUACAAAUUAUCAAGAAAAGGAUAAAUUUUUCAAAACUAGUGCUGGGACAAUUGAUAAGCUGAGGAAAAAUAGCAUCUCACCAUAAAACACAUACCAAGGGCUUCCCUGGUGGAGCAGUGGUUGAGAAUCUGCCUGCCAAUGCAGGGAACAUGGGUUCGAGCCCUGGGCUGAGAAGAUCCCACAUGCCGCGGAGCAAUUAGGCCCGUGAGCCACAACUACUGAGCCUGCUCGUCUGGAGCCUGUGCUCUGCAACAAGAGAGGCCACGACAGUGAGAGGCCCGCAAUGAAGAGAGGCCGCACAGCAAUGAAGACCCAACACGGCCAAAAAAAUAAAUAAAUUAAAAUAAGUAAAUUAAAAAAAAACCAACACAUACCAAAUUCUAAAUGGAUUAAAGAUUCAAAAGUAAUAAAUAAAUAGAUAAAUAAGCUGAAAGAAAAUACAGGUGAUUGUUUAAUCUAAGGAUGGAUAGGGAAUUAAAGAUAAGGUAGAAUAGAUUUUGCUAUAAACUUUAAAAAAUUUCUGUACACCAAAAAUCUUAAAAUUAACACAAAUUGGAAAAAUAUAUUGGACACAGCGUCCUUUCUGUUUAUGCAUCAAUUUAAAAGUACCAGCUAAUACUCCAGUUAAGGCAAAUAGUAAGACGGUUAAGUGCAUCUUUGGAGACCGUUGUUCCUGGGCCUAAUUCUGGGUCUGUCAUUUAUCAGCUGUGUAGCCUUGAGCAAGUUAUACAGGCAUACCUUGUUUUAUUGUGCUUUGCUUUAUUUGUGCUUCACUGAUACUGCAUUUUUUACAAAUUGAGGUUUGUGGCAACCUUGCAUUUUCGGAUGAUGUUUAGCAUUUUUUAGCAAUAAAGUAUUUUUAAAAUAAAUUUAUUUAUUUUAUUUUUGGUUGCAUUGGGUCUUCGUUGCUGCGCGCGGGCUUUCUCUAGUUGCACGAGUGGGGGCUAGGGGCUACUCUUCGUUGCUGUGCGUGGGCUUCUCAUCGCAGUGGCUUCUCUUGUUGCAGAGCACGAGCUCUAGGCACAUGGACUUCAGUAGCUGUGGCUCACGGGCUCUAGACUGCAGGCUCAGUAGUUGUGGUGCAGGGGCUUAGUUGCUCCGUGGCAUGUGGGAUCUUCCCAGACCAGGGCUCGAACCCUUGCCCCCUGCAUUAGCAGGCAGAUUCUAAACCACUGCACCACCACGGAAGCCCCAGCAAUAAAGUAUUUUUAAAUUAAGGUUUGUACAUUGGUUUUGUCUUUUUUUUUUUUAAGACACAAUGCUAUUGCACACUUAACAGAAUGCAGUAUAGUGUAAACAUAAUUUUUAUAUGCACUGGGAAACCAAAAAAUUCCUGUGGCUCGCUUUACUGUGAUAUUACGGUGGUCUGGAACUGGAUCCGCAAUAUCUCCGGGAUAUGCCUGAGUCUUCCUAAAUCUCAGCCUCUUCAUCCGUAAAAGGAGGCUAAGCAGUUCCAUGGCGUGAU